AUGGUGGUGGCUACAAAACUUCUAGCACGCAAGCAGUUUAUAGAUACUGGAAAACAAUUCAACAUGAUUGCUGCUUCAUGGAUUCAGUUUAUGAUUCAUGAUUGGAUUAACCACCUUGAGUCAACACAACAGAUUGAACUUAAUGCACCUAGAGAAGUAGUUGGUCAAUGCCCUCUAAAAUCCUUCAAAUUCUACAAGACGAAAGAAUUUGAUACUGGUCUCAGUGAUAUCAAGAAAGGUCAUCAUAACACCAGAACUCCUUGGUGGGACGGGAGUGUAAUAUAUGGAAACAAUUUGAGAGAAUUGUGGCAAGUGAGAACAUUCAAAGAUGGGAAGCUCAAGAUAGCAAAAGAUGGUCUCCUCCAACAUGAGAACAAUGGAUUGGCCAUAGCAGGUGAUAUCCGUAACAAUUGGAUUGGUGUUUCAACUUUGCAAGCCCUUUUUAUCCAAGAACACAAUGCUAUUUGUGACACGUUAAAGAAAGAAUAUCAUGAUUUGGAUGAUGAACAUUUGUAUCGUCACGCAAGACUAGUGACUUCUGCGGUGAUUGCCAAGAUCCACACCAUUGAUUGGACCAUUGAACUUCUGAAAACGGACACGCUUGUUGCCGCAAUGAGAAUUAAUUGGCAUGGCGUGUUGGGGAAGAGAUUCAAGGAGACAGUUGGGCAUGUUGGAGGAGCUGUUUUGGGAGGUCUUGUAGGGUUAAAGAAACCUAAUAACCAUGGGGUACCCUACUCAUUAACGGAAGAGUUUACAAGUGUUUACAGAAUGCAUUCGCUUUUACCUGAUGAGCUUUUCAUUAGGGAUGUGAGUUCAAAUCCAGGACCUAAUAAGUCUCCAAGAUUGAGCAAAAAGGUUGACAUGAUAAAUUUAAUUGGGAAGAACGGAGAGAAGGAAUUGUCAGAAAUUGGAUUCAUAACACAAAUGGUAUCAAUGGGUCAUCAAGCAUGUGGUGCACUUGAGCUAUGGAAUUAUCCAAUGUGGCUUAGGGAUAUUGUUCCCCAAAACAUCGAUGGCACAGAUCGGGUCAAUCAUGUUGACUUACCCUCACUCGAGAUUUAUAGGGACAGGGAACGGAAUGUAGCAAGAUACAAUGAGUUGCGUAGAUCACUUAUGUUGAUCCCCAUCUCCAAAUGGGACGAUCUAACGGAUGAUAUAGAAGCUAUUGACACGUUGCGUGAAGUAUACAAUGAUGACAUUGAACAACUCGAUCUGUUGGUAGGAAUGGCCGCUGAGAAAAAAAUCAAGGGAUUCGCCAUAAGCGAAACAGCCUUCAUAAUAUUCAUAACCAUGGCAUCAAGGAGACUUGAGGCAGACCGAUUUUUCACUAGUGAUUACAAUGAAGAGGUGUAUACAAAAAAAGGGCUUGAAUGGGUUAACACAACAGAGAGUUUAAAAGAUGUGCUGAAUCGACAUUAUCCAGAGAUGACUGAUACUUGGAUGAACUCAACAAGUGCUUUUUCAGUAUGGGAUGCUUCACCAAAGCCUCGUAAUCAUGUACCCUUAUAUUUCCGUGUUCCUAAGUAA